AUGAGAUGUCUUGCCAUCAUAUUCUUUCUGGGCUUCUUUGCGACCCUAAUACGUGAAUCAAAAGCAACAGCUGAUGAGAAAAGCAUCCAAUAUUGUCCCAUGAACCAACGGGCUGUAAUGGGGAGUAUUGGUGGGAUAUUCGAUCAGAGCUCUCGUGUGGGAAAGGAGCAAGCAAUAGCGGUGACGAUGGCUGUCCAUGAUUUCAAUCGCUGGUCACAUUGUUCAAAUCUGGCCUUGCAUUCUCAAGAUUCAAAAGGGAACUCAGCUCGAGUGGUUUCUGCUGUGACUGAGCUUGUAAACAAGAAGCAAGCGCAAGUCAUAAUUGGACAGCUGACCUUGCAAGAAGCAACUCUGCUUUGGGAUUUUGACAAAGUCGCCAAAGACAUCCCCGUCAUUUCCACAGUUCCGACUGCCACCUCUCCACCCUUCCUACCUUCUCAGCCUCCAUCCUUCAUCAGGAUGACUACUGAUACUACUCUCCAAAUGCAAGGAAUUGCUGCCAUAGUUGGCCAGUUCAGGUGGCGGAGGGUGAUUGCAGUUUAUGAACAUAGCAACAGCUUUUCUGCAGAUUCCGGGCUCAUCACUCACCUCGCUGACUCGCUCUGGGCCGUAGAGGCCGGCUUGGAAUAUUAUUCAGCUUUCCCUCGCGUAGUUUCUCAGACAAACCCACAAAAAUUCAUUGAGGAGGAGCUGAGCAAGCUCAGAACCAAGAACAUCAAGGUCUUUACUGUCUUACAGGCUUCUCUAGACUUUGCAGUGAUGCUUUUUGAGAAGGCUAAAAAAUUGGGCAUGAUGAACAAGGGUUAUGUAUGGAUUGUGAUGUCUGAUGUGGCGAACCUUCUUGACUCCGUUCAGUCAUCGGUGUUGCUCAAUCAUAUGCAAGGUGUAAUUGGAUUGAAAACCAAGUAUUUGGACACUAGUGAUUCUUUUCGAACAUUCGAGCUGAGGUUUAGAAGAAGCUAUGGAUCAGAAUAUCCUGAUGAAGAAAAGUAUUCUAGUCCAAGCAUAUACGCUCUUCAAGCUUACGAUGCAACAUGGGCACUUGCCAAGGCAAUACAAAAAUCAGAAAAAAAUGGACUACAAAAUUCUACUAAUUUAGGUAAUUCCAUUUUAUCUAGUAAUUUUGAGGGUCUGAGUGGAAUAGUAAGCUUCAAGAAUGGUGCUUUAUUGCAGAAGCCUGUCUAUCAAUUAGUGAAUGUGAUUGGUAAAAGCUACCAAGAGAUAGCAAUAUGGUCACCUGAUGAAUUUGGUUUGUCGGAGGACCGGAUUAAAGGUGAUGGAACGAAGAUUAGAAUUGGACAUGAAUAUGCCAAAACGUGGGAUUUGGGUACAAUUAUUUGGCCAGGUGGUCAGUUGACAGUUCCCAAGGGAAUGGAAUUGGGUAGCACUGCAAAACCUUUGAGAAUUGGAGUCCCCGCAAAAGGUGCAUUUAAACAGUUUGUGAAUGUUACUUUUGACCAGCUUAGCAAUGAAACAACCAUCACUGGAUUUACCAUCCAAGUGUUCGAAGCUGUAGUCAAGCGCUUACCUUACCACUUGCAUUAUGUGCUAGUCCCAUAUAGCAGUUCGUAUGAUCAAAUGGUGGAUGAAGUCCACAAUAAGAGCUUUUAUGCAGCAAUAGGUGACAUAGAAAUAAUGGCGAACCGAUAUGAGAUUGCAGACUUCUCCCAGCCCUAUUUGGAUUCUGGCCUUGUCAUGGUGGUCGCUGUAAAACCAGACACUAUAGCGACGAAAAUUCUUGUUCUAAAAGCAUUCAAGUUGAGCAUGUGGACGAUUAUGGCUGCAAUGACCAUGUACACAGGGGUGACAAUUUGGUUAAACGAACAUGCAAAUGAGAAUCCAGAUUUUGGAGGAACGUUCCCUCAAAAUAUUAGGACCAUGCUCUGGUAUUCUGUUACCGUUCUAUCUUUUGCUAAUAGAGAAACUAUCAGGAGCAAUUUAUCGCGCCUGGUGCUGCAGACAUGGUUAUUUGUCACUCUGGUUGUGACAGCAUGUUUUACUGCAUCGGUUACUACCUUGAUGACUAGUCCGAGGAACAAACCAUCUAUUGGAGACAUCGAUUAUCUAUUAGCCACAAAUGCACCUGUCGGGUGCAAUGGGAAUUCUUUCAUUGUUCGUUUCCUGAUCGAUGCUCUCCACUUUAGGCCUGAAAAUAUCAGGAAAAUUGGGUCCUUAAGUGAAUAUCCUGGAAAAUUUGAAAGCGGAGAGAUAAAAGCAGCCUUUUUUGUUGCCCCACAUGCCAAAAUCUUCCUAGCCAAACACUGCAAAGGCUAUACAGUGGCAGGCCCCAGCAUCAAACUCGGUGGCUUUGGAUUUGUCUUUCAAAAGGGUUCUCCUUUGGCUGCUGAUAUUUCAGAGGCCAUUUUAAAAGUAACGCAGACGGGAACCAUAGAUGAAUUGGAGAAACACAUGCUUUCGUUUUCAACAUGCUCUUCUUCAUCCACGGGAGGGGAUCACGAUCAAGGCCAAGGCCCUGAUGGAGUAGGCACUGAACCUUUCUUUGUUCUUUUCCUAGUUUCGGGCGGCCUUCUUGCACUUGCAUCUCUGAACGCAAUCCUCCGCCUACUGAAAAAGCACUUGGACAAUCAUGGCUUUAUAAACGGAAGAGUCCUUCGAUGGGCGUCACUGCUUCUUGCACGAGCUUUCACAAAAUCUGGGACAACCCUUUUGAGGAAAACCCCAAUUAUUCAGAGACCGAAUAACGAAAUAAAUAUGCAUCGUAAUGAACUGGAGCCAGAUUUGAGGGCCAUUGAGCUAGCAACCAACGUUCUCAGUUAAGUUCUUUCCUCCUAAUUAUGUGUAGAGUUCACAAUUUCUUUGUUUCAGAUCAUCCAAUUUAUGAUAAAUACUGUUGUAUGAAAUGUAUAGACGUCUUUAUUAAUUAAAAAAAGGAUAGGAAUCUGA